AUGAUUUCUAAGGACGCAAAGAUGGCUAAACUGAGUAAAGAGGAGUAAGUCAGAGUCUUUAAGGAUUUGUAAUCAGAUUUUGUAGAUCCCGAAUUAUCUACACCCGAAAAGAGGUUGUAAAUGGUAGAACACGAGAAGUUGUCCUUAUUUUCGUUGAUAACGAAGAGAAUUCCCACAGCCUAAAAUUAAUUGGAGAAAAGGCGGAAAAGUAUGAGAAUUUGGAGAGAGGACAAAUCGUGAUUAUCAGGAAUACAAGCAUCAAUCCCAAGCCUACAAUUAUGUUUACGCACACGGAGCUCCCAGAAACUACAAUCAUAUCCCCAACUGAAAAACCAAAACCAAAUCUAGAGGAUUUUCUCCAACCUCUGCCAGCUCCAAAGACCCCUAGCAAAAAAGACGAGCUCGUCCAGACUCUGCCAACUCCAAAGACUCCUCGCAAAAGACGCCAACUUGAUAGCACAACUCCCUUUACCCAGCCGUUUGAAGAAGGACUCGAACCUCCCAAUAAAUUAAACAAAAGAUUAUUUGAUUAA